AUGCUUAACGACGGGAACCAUCAGGUGAAAAGAAGAAAAGCAACUGGUGAUCCCCACGCUGUAACGGUUAAUGAAUAUCUACCACCGCGUAUACACAAUUGUUGUCGCUCGGACACAUCAGAAGCAUUAGAGACAGUCCGUGACUGUAGUAUCCUUGUUUGCAAAAAUUGUAAGUGUAGUUCGGCCUUCAAGCUCCAAUACAACGUCUCAAAAAUUUGGCUUGUUCUGUUCAUUUGUAUUGCAACUUUGUCUAAAACCAAAGCUGGAAAAACUGUAGCAGCCCUUUGCAUUUGGACAUUUCAACGUCUCAUUCAUACCACUAUGGAGCUUGCAAAGUAUCAAAAUGAGUAA